AUGAACCCCGUCAGAUUUCAGGAACAGAGUGACUUGAAGCCCGCGAUGACUCCCUUUUCGUCGACCAUCCCUGACGUCACCCCUGCGUGGAUGCAAACCGCACAUCCUACGACCGGGGAUGUCCUAUCUAAAGAGACAAUACGCGCUAUCGUCAUGACGGGCCCAGAGGAAGGCAAAGCCCUCUUCCGGAUGUGGCAAGAAUCAGCUGAUCCUGCUACUGUUGUCCCGAUCAUCUUGCAGAGAGCCCUCCUGGUCCUGGAGGAACGUCUUCAGAACUUAGAGACGGCCUUAGACCGUACUGGCAACCUGAUGCUUCAGCGGGAGCAAGCAUUUAACGCCAACAAACACCUGUUGAAACAUAUGGAACCGAUCACCACAUACUCGGGCAAGAUCAAAGACCGGGCAGCGCACGAAUUUAUCCGGGAUUGCGAACGCUACUUCGGUGACUUGGAGACCUUCUCCGGAGAAAAGAUAUCAGAGCGAUCGAAGAUAACCGUCGCUAUAAAUAAGCUUACGGGUCAUGCCGGAAGAUGCUGGGGGUCAUUUGAGCAUGGUGUAACCGCGAACCACUCAAGCCCGAUCACCACAUUUCAAGAGUUCAAAGAAUGA